GGAUGCUCUGGCCCAUCAGUGUUUACAAAGAUUCAGCAUUGCAUACAGAUAUUGAAACGUAAUCCAUUUUUCAAACAAAUGAAUCGGUUCAGCUGCAAGGGAAACCUUCCAGGGAUCCAAGAAGGAAUUACUGAUAGCAUAAACCCGGAAACUUUAGAUACGGGUGCUGUAAGGCCACGGCCCUGGUAUGAAGUUCAAGUGUAUAUACCGAUUACGGAACCGCCGACCAGUGGAACAAUGAAGGUGGGAAAUUGGGCAGAUGAAUUCGAUUUUCGGAUGUCGGAGCCGCCGCUGGUGGAUCUCUGGAAGUGA